UUGUCCCGGCCAGAGCGCGCGCUGCCGCGGGAUCCGGAGCCGCCGCGUCGCCACGGCGGGGGCAGGCGCGACCACCGGAUCCGCAGCCGGGCCGGCCGACUCGCAGCCGGGGGUCGCCCCGGGGCAUGGGACAGCCGGCGGGGACGGCGGGCCGGCGCUGCGCCCCGGGCGGGCGGAGGGCGGCCUGAGCUGCCGGGACGCAGGAUGCGCUCCGAGGGCGCGGCCCCCGGGCCGGUGGCGCCGCUGUGCGGGGCGCUCAGCCUGGUGCUCGGCGCGCUGCUGGGCAAAGUGAUCGAGGGCCGCGGGGUCACCGACGACGUGCACAGGUUCUCCUCGCGGCCGCCCUACCUGCCCGUGAGCUACCACAUCCUGGGGGCCGAGACCGCCUUCUUCCUGAAGGAGGCCAGCCAGGACGCCCUGCACAACUCCAGCCUGCGCACGAGAGUCGAGUCCUUCUUCACGUACAAGGCCACGAGGCCCCCGGCGCUCAACGCCAGCUACGGGCCCUUCUCCGUGCAGAAGGUGGUGCCCCUGGACCUGAUGGUCCCUUCCAACCUGCUGGGGCCGGCCAGCAAGUUCGGCCUCAACUGGAAGCUGAGGGCGCACAUCGUGCGGGACAAGGUGUACCUGAGCCGCCCCAAGGUGCAGGUGCUUUUCCAUCUGCUGGGCCGGGACUGGGCGGCGCGGAGCCCGGGCGAGAGACUGCCCUGCCUGCGGGUGUUCGCCUUCCGGGAGACCCGGGAGGUGCGGGCCGGCUGCCGGCUGCAGGGGGCCCUGGGGCUGUGCGUGGCCGAGCUGGAGCUGCUGGCCGGCUGGUUCGGGCCCCCCACCGUGCUGGCCGGGAGGAAGAAGGCGCCGGGGCCGCCCGAGGGGAGCCCCGUGGAGCUCUACUAUGCCGUGCAGCCCGGGGACGGGCGCGGGGACUGUGCCGGCGGCGGCGGGGACGCCAGGAAGGGCAACUCCAUCCGGCCGGGGAGGGACGGGCCGGAGGAGGCCGUGCCCCGCCUGCAGAGGAUCGGGAGCGUCAGCCUCUACCGGGCCCAGGACAGCGCCCAGCUCCGCGAGCUGCGUCUGGACAGCAACGUGGCCAUCUGGCUGCCCUCCCAGCCCGUGAAACAAGGAGACCUGGUCACUGCCUACGUCAGCGUCGCCAACAACUCCACCGUGGACCUCUUCAUCCUGAGAGCCAAGGUGAAGAAGGGGGUGAACAUCUUGGGCGCUCAGACCAGCGAGCCCCGGCAGUGGGACGUCAAGCAGGAGACGGGCAGCGGCGGGAAGCACACCACCGCCACCCUGCUGUGCCAGCGCCGGGCGCCCAGUGCGCGCAACAGAAGCAGCAGCUCGUUCAGCGAGGUCGUGCAGAUGAACUUCGAAAUAGCCAGCUUCAGCAGCCUCUCGGGGACGCAGCCCAUCACCUGGCAGGUGGAGUACCCACGGACGGCGACCACCGACACGGCCGUGUCCGAGAUCUUCAUCAGCCAGAAGGACCUGGCGGCCAUCGUCCCCCUGGCCACGGACACUGAGAUUCUCAACACCGCCAUACUCACAGGAAAGACCGUAGCCCUGCCCAUCAGGGUGGUCUCUGUGGAGGAGAACAGUGCCGUGACGGAUGUCUCAGAGCUGGUGGAGUGCCAGUCCACGGACGAGGAUGUCCUCAAGGUAUCUGACGGCUGUGAUUACGUCUUUGUCAACGGCAAAGAGAUAAAGGGCAAGGUGGACGCGGUGGUGAACUUCACCUACCAGCACCUGAGUGCCCCCCUGCACAUCACCGUGUGGGUGCCCCGCCUGCCCCUGCAGAUCGAGGUCUCUGACACCGAGCUGAGCCAGAUUAAAGGCUGGAGGGUCCCCAUUGUGGCCAGUAAGAGGCCCACACGGGAGAGCGAGGAUGAAGACGACGAGGAGCGGCGGGGCCGGGGCUGUGCCCUGAAGUACCAGCAUGCCACGGUGCGGGUCCUCACCCAGUUCGUGGCCGAGGGCGCCGGCCCGUGGGCCCAGCCCAGCCACCUGCUCAGCCCCGACUGGCAGGUGGACAUCACCCACCUGGUCGCAGACUUCAUGAAUCUGGAGGAACCUCACGUGGCCACACUGCAGGACAGCAGGGUCCUGGUCGGGCGGGAGGUCGGGAUGACCACCAUCCAGGUAUUGUCCCCGCUGUCAGACUCCAUCCUGGCAGAGAAAACGGUCACCGUGUUAGAUGACAAAGUGUCAGUGACGGACUUGGCCAUCCAGCUGGUGGCUGGGCUGUCCGUCACCCUCCACCCCAGCACGGAGGACAGCAAGGCCAUCACGGCUGUGGCCACAGCUCAGGAGCUGCUUCGGACUCCCAAGCAGGAAGCCGUGGUCAGCACGUGGCUUCAGCUCAGCGACGGCUCGGUGACGCCCCUCGACAUCUACGACACCAGGGACUUCAGCCUGACCGCCACCUCCCUGGACGAGGCCGUCGUGUCCGUCCCCCAGGCCCGCUCUCCCAGGUGGCCGGUUGUGAUGGCCGAGGGGGAAGGCCAGGGGCCGCUGGUCCGAGUGGACAUGACCAUCGCAGAGGCCUGCCAGAAGUCCAAGCGCAAGAGCGUCCUGGCCGUGGGCGUGGGCAGCGUCAGGGUCAAGUUUGGCCAGAACGACGCCGACUCCGGUCCCGGCGGGGGCGGCGACGAGGGCGAGAUCAAGAACCACGCCAGUGACCGCCGGCAGAAGGUUCAGGAGCCCGAGGGGCCCCCGCCCGGCGGCUCCUCCGUGGAGCGCGAGGAAGGCGCCCCCCGCAGAGGCGGCACGACGGCCCGGCCGCUGCUGGACAACAGGGUGGCGAAGGGCAGCCGGCCGGACGCGGGCAGGCCGUCCGGAGAGGGCCAGCUGCAGAACAUCCCCCUGGACUUCACCAACUUCCCGGCCCGGGUGGACCUGCCCCGCGCGGGGGGCGGGCUGGGGGCCAGCGACCUGCUGCAGACCGCGAGGGGCCUGAGCGACCUGGAGAUCGGCAUGUAUGCCCUGCUGGGCGUCUUCUGCCUGGCCAUCCUCGUCUUCCUCAUCAACUGCGCCACGUUCGCCCUCAAGUACCGGCACAAGGAGGUGCCCCCGGAAGGCCAGGCCUCCGUCACCCACUCGCACGACUGGGUGUGGCUGGGCAACGAGGCCGAGCUCCUGGAGCACGCGGGCGAGGGGUCCCCGCCGCAGGACGAGCACACGACCGUCCUGGACCGCGGGCCGGGCGGCAGCGAGGAGAGCAGCUGUCUGUUGCUCAACGGGGGAGCCCGGCAGCACGCGCAGGGCCGGGGGCACGGGCCGGACUCGGGGGGCAGGCAGGCCAGGGACCCGAAGCCCGAGCCCCUGCACUCGCCCACCUCCAAGAGGAAGAAGGUGAAGUUCACCACCUUCACCACCAUCCCGCCAGACAACGGCUGCCCCGGCGUGAACUCCAUCCUCGGUGGCGGGGGCGAGGACAUCAAGUGGGUAUGCCAGGACGUGGCCGCGGGCGCCCCCGAGGAGCUCAGAAACUACCUGGAGAAGUUCAAGGAACAGGCGUAGGCCCCUCCGGCCGGCGGCUCUGCACCCCGCCCCUCGCGGGGCUCGGAGUGGGUCUGGCUCCGGCGUCGGGUGGGAUCCGGGAGGGCCCGGCGUGGAGCGGGGGACGCACCCCCGCCGUCAGGCUGUGCGAGUCCC